UGUCUGCACAGGGCAGACCACUGCAACUUCCUUUUCCGAGACACUGCCGAGAGCAGGCCAAGAGAGCUACGUAUUUACCAAAACUUCAUCAAGUGAAGAUGGAAAAAAGGUGGCUCUUCUCCCUGUUUUGUUUGCUCUCGGUGCCCAGCGUUGCAGGCCAGCCUGAAGACGUCAUUACACAAACAGAAGUGGUUCGUGCUUUGCCAGGUGCUGACGUGACCCUGGUGUGCAGCUUCCCAAAACCACACACCACCUACAUAAUACAGACUCAGUGGUCCAAGACCGAUGACAACCAGCUUACCAGAAUAGCUGUUUAUCACCCUGUUUAUGGCACCCACUACUUCACCUUUCCUGAGGCCUCUUACAACUUUUCAGUGUCCUUCAGCAUGAGGAAGUGCUGCAACUGGGAUGCUACAGAGGCUUUGUGUUUCCGUGAUCCAAAUGCCACGUCUGAGUGCAAUCGGUGGGCUCUGCAUCUGAAAAACGUUACCGUCUCCCUUAGCGGGCAGUACGAGUGCAGUUUUGCCACUUACCCAUAUGGGACAAAGGCUGCAAAAAUUCAACUUAUUGUCAAGGCAGAAGAGGAGCAGCUCUACGUGAAGGAAGUGCGGUUAAACCAGACUUUAGAAAUUCCGUGCGUUGAGGACACGACCUCAGAAAAUUUCUCCAAUUAUCCUUUGAAAUGGCUAGUGGGGGAAAAUGGCAGGAAAGAGGAACUUGUGACCAAGGAGCCCUCCUGUCCUGCAGUGUACAGGAACAGCAGCAUGCUGGAUGGGCAGAGAGUCCGCCUGGGUUUGAACUACACUCUAAAGAUUUUCCCCACCAAAAUCACAGAUGAUGGCAAGGUAUUUUCCUGCCACGUGGCGUACCACCCGGAAAGAGUUCAGAAGAGCAGCACCACCGUGAGAAUAUUCGCCUACCCUGAGAUCUCUGUUAGGCUGCAGGAGGGCUCAGCUGGCACCGCGCAGAAGCCUAACGUGAGCUGCGUCGUGAGGAAGGUGUUUCCCAAGCCAAGCCUCGUGUGGUACGUGGACAGAGCGAGCCUGACGGAGCAGCCCAGAGAAAUUGCUGUUGAACAAGAAGACUUGCAAGACAGUGAAGGUUUCUAUCAGCUGAGAUCAACACUGGUGUUGCAAGGGACCCAGCAGACACAUAAGAUAUUCUCGUGUGCAUGUCUGUUUUCCUUCCUCGGGAAUGAAACAUGGAAUAUUUCAUCAGAAGAAAUAUUUGUUUCCUUCGACAAUAAGUCUAAUGAAACCUCAUCCAAAGCUUUUACCACCAUGGCUUCAGAAGACCUUGGAAAUUCAGCACUUCCAUCAGCUGUUGUGACUACCUCAGAGCACCAGUCGACAUCUUUGGCCUUUCUGGAUUUCACAAGUCAAGCAAGCUUGGCUCCUGCUUCCACGACACAAGCAGGAGCGCGGAUUUCUACUGCAGAGACAAAAAGCGAUACCAGCGCCACAGCAUUCAGUGAGAGUUUGACAACCGCACAUUUGAACGAUUCCACCACCGAAACCCUGCAAAGCCUCAGGAAUGCCACGCGCUCCUCUGAGAAUACAACUCUGGUGCAUCGUAACCUGUCCUUCAGUGUCACAGACCAGCCAAUUUCAGUUACCAGAGGGAAAGAUUUCUUUACUACCAGCAGUCUGCUCAAUAGUACUGGUGGUGCGAGGAACACGAAAGACAGUCGCUUCCCCUGGCCAACAGUGGUAGCCGUCCUGCUCCUCUUCUGCAGUUUUCUAAUAGCUUUAGGCAUCAGGAAAUGGUGUCAGUACCAGAAAGAGAUUAUGAACAGACCUCCAUCUUUCAAGCCACCGCCACCUCCGAUAAAGUACACCUCCAUGGUGGAGUCUGAUGGGACUCCCCCAUCCUGCCAUGAACUGGAAAACCUGUAACGUCCCCUACGCCCCUGGUGUAGUGCUCAGAAGACUGGCACAGUUAAAAGGCUCUGUCUUUAAAACAGCGAUUACAGGAGUUUGGUGUUAAUGACCCAUAUUAAAAUUCAGAGUGCCUAAAUGACAUUAAUGUUGGAAGCUGAGCACUCCUGAGGACGCUUACUUCAUCCCGUCUAUCUCUAUGUAUGCAUUACGUUAACACCACUGUGAGUGUCACCAUGAGAUUACAUGUGCUUAAUUUGAAUUGGGUGAUCAACUGGGAAUUUGCUGUCUUGUUAAUGGGAACAGAUUAACACAUCACUCCGCCAGCCUGCCUGAAGAGCGUUGAAGCUUUUUGUUUUACUAAGUGUAUGGAGACGACAGCUCUGCCAUAUGGACACCGCGAUUACACUGGAAACAUUGGCUUAACACAAGCUUUUUGAUACCUACAUGAGCCAUUCUUACAAUUAUUAUUUUUACUAUAAAAUAUUGACUACUAUGACCCAAUAUAUAAUUUCCUGUCCCUGUGAAACCAAACAAAAAGUAGUCAGCACCUUACACGGAAAGAAAAUAGUCCAUAUCUGUCAUCACAGGGCUGCAGCACAGGACUGUGGGGAGGGGUUGGUGAGAUGAAAGGGCACAGUGCAGACCUGCCGGGAGUGUUCACGAAGAAGACUUGGUCGCCAUUGGUGAAGUCACAAGAAAAAGUCAACUUUGGGCUCAUAUACAACCCACCUGUGGACCAGAGACUUAAGGACUGAAGUGAAUAAGGACCCUAAAGACAGUGGAAAAUGCCAGUCCUUUUGGAAGUGCUGUGCCUUUGAAACAAUGAUUACUCUCAAGUCUGCUUUUCUGAAAUUAUACUGAUGGUACACAUGACGAAAAAAAGGAAUAUAAUCAUUUUAUUCUCCUUUGGUCUUAAUGAGCUUCUGGCAUUUGCUAUCUUCACAUUUUUCAAAACCUCUGGGGUAGUUUCCCAGGUGGCUUAAGCCCAUGGAUGGGACAGUCCAGUCUUACCACCAUCCUGCCCAGACUGCAUAUUUCCUUGCAUUGACACUACUGAUUAAAUGAGCGUGCCAAGGGUGGGAAUCAGCUCAGCCCGCUGCACGGUUCUCAGCCAGGUCAGCAGCUGUGUGAUCACUAAUGCAAGGCACAAGAGCUGCAGCGGCAGCAGCACUGCUUUUGGCAGCAGUGUGGUCUUACGUUACCUUCAGCCAGCCAAGAAACUGUCCCUCCAAGCUUGUUUGAAAAUGUAUUGUUACCACAAUGGCUUUUCUGUAAUUAAUGCAAAUCAACUAAAAUUCAAUCAGGUCAAGCUUAAAA